AUGGCGUGGCGAUGGCUGCGCGCGGCGACGGGGAGGAGGGGCUGGUGGGACGCGGCGCCGUCGGGGACGCCGUUGUUUGCGGCGGAGCAGCGCGCGACGCUGGUGAACGUGAAGCUGAAGUUGGUCAAGGACCGGGCCCUCGACGCUGCGGUGUCGCGGGAGCGGCACCUCCGCACCGCCCACCACCUGCUCGACCUCGUGUUCUCCCGGCCCGGCCACCGCAUCUCGCGGUCGGAAUUCCUCGCCGAGAAGUCCGCUCAAAGGCUGUGUGGGUCGGCGUACUCUUUGCUCGAGUUCCUCAGCAGAUACCAUACCAUGUUCGCGUUGUCCCGCGGCGGCGUGUCGCUGACAGACGUGGCGUUCGUCCUGCGGCAGCGGGAGGUAGAUUGCCUCUUCGCCACCGAGGACGACCUCGUCGCCCGCCUCCGCCGUCUCCUCAUGCUCACCCUCCCCCGCUCGCUCCCGCUCCACACCGUCGACCUCCUCCGCUGGGACCUUGGCCUGCCCAGCGAUUACCGAGCCUCCAUCCUCCCCCGGUACCCCGACCACUUCGCCCUUGAGCAGCCCGAGGGCGACGAGCGCGUCUGGCUCCGCCUCCUCUCCUGGGACGAUCUUCUCGCCGUCUCCGAGCUUGAGAAGAGCGCUGACGGGGGCGAUACCACCUGCCUCCCCUUCCCGGUGAGCUUCACUAGGGGUUAUGGUCUGAGAAGCAAGUGCAUGACCUGGCUGCGGGAGUGGCAGGCGCUGCCAUACACCAGCCCAUACUCCAACGCUUCAGGCCUCGACCGCCGCACAGACGUGUCAGAGAAGCGGAAUGUGGGAGUGUUCCAUGAGCUGCUGCACCUCACUGUGGCGAAGAGAACAGAGCGCCAGAAUGUGAGCAAUAUGAGGAAGCUGCUUGGAAUGCCACAGAAGUUCACCAAGGUGUUUGAACGCCACCCUGGCAUUUUUUACCUGUCCAGGAUUUGUGGCACUCAGACGGUUGUUCUUAGGGAAGCUUACGGCGGUGGAAGCCAGCUGCUUGAGAAGCAUGCACAUCCGCUUGUUGCUAUCAGGGAAGAGUACUCCACCUUGUUGAGGGCAGCAUUGCCACCAAGGACGAGGGUUAGAGCAAGACAUGGUUCUUUCAGCAGGCAGGAUGAGGGAUGUGUGGUGGGAGGAGAUGAAUUCGAACUCUCCAAGUGA